AUGUCGUCACGACCUGGGGACGCCCCCCUCGGCCUCGACUUGUCGUCCAAACGCCUCCGCAGGCGCGCCGACUACACGUACCACCUCGACUUCCGGCUCCGGUGGAGCGACAACGACGUGUUCGGGCACGUGAAUAACCCGUACUACGGCGUCCUGAUCGACAGCAUCGUGAACCAGUACAUGAUCGAGGAGUGCGGGUACAAGGUGGCGCGCGACGAGCAGGCCGGCAUCAUCGCCAACACCUACUGCGACUACUUCGGCUCCGUGUCGUACCCGGACGUGGUCGAGUGCGGGCUCCGCCUCGUCAAGCUGGGCAAGGCGAGCGUGACGUACGAGGUCGGCAUCUUCCGCAGGGGCGACGACGACGUCAAGGCCGUCGGGGGCUCGACCCACGUCUUCGUCCGCCAGGGCCGCGACGGACGGCUGGGCAGGCCCGACCAGGACCGCGGCAUGCCGAGCCACAUGAGAAGGGGCUACGAGAGGUUGAGUACCUUGCCCAGAUGGACCAAGUUAUGA